UUUCCAGUCUUCCCGACGCCAGGGGGCAGUCAUGCACAAACAGGAAACGCUUCUAUCUCCGUCCCCGGAACUUCCGUUUGGGUUUAGCGUGUGGACCACACGCAGGUCGAAGGUUUCUUUAUUUUUAAAUAUUCGAAAAGUUCCUGGAAUAACUCAGACGGCUUCUGCUGUACCGCUAUAAACACGAACGUUUAGCUCAGCCGUUUCCUGCUGCAGUGACGGAGCCGCGGGUUCGAUUCCCGCUCCUGGACGAUGGCGUCCAGCGGCAACAUAGAGGAAUACCCGCAUGAGAUCGACGAGCAGCUGCGGAGCUUCGACUCGUCCGUGACGGCCGUGAAGAGCAUGCUGGACAGACUGAUGUCGAUGUCCAGAAACGAGCUGCUGCAGAAGCUGGAUCCUUUGGACCAGGCCAAACUGGACCUGAUGUCUGCAUACACCCUAAACUCCCUGUUCUGGGUGUAUCUGGUGACUCGAGGAGUUAACCCCAGAGAACACGGCAUCAAACAGGAACUGGAGCGAAUCCGCACGUACAUGAACCGAGUCAAGGAGAUCACGGACAAGAAGAAAGCGGCGCGCCUGGAUAAGGGCGCCACCUCCCGCUUCAUCAGGAGCGCUCUGUACGAGCCGGACGACAAAGACUCCCGGAAGAAGAAGGAGUCGAAUAAACCAGCGGAUCCCACGGCAGAAGAGCCGCCUCCAAAACGACAAAAGCAGAGGAAGUGAAGGAGGAAGUGCCUGCUCCCAUGGCAACAGGCACUUCCUGUCGAGGAGACGGGCUGCAGCUCAGCUGGACUCUGAAGAGAAUCCUCAGAAAACUUCGUGGACACAAAUGGGAUUCCAUCAAUCACAUUUUAUUUUACUCUAGUGUUGACUUUUGUGAAGGUUUUUUCAAAAUAAAAGACGAGCUGAAGACCUCA